GAAAUUGAAUUACAUUAAUAAUAUUUUAACAGAUUUAUUCAAUGAUGAAUAAUACAAAAAAAAUCAAUGUAAAUUUUUCAUCUCUUGUGGGUUUAAAAGCAGAACUUUUAAAAAAACAACAUGAAGUAAAUGAAGCAAAAUUGAAAUCAGAAACAAUUUAUAGUAUUACAAAAUUACAGAAGAAAAAAUCUUCAAAAACUGAAGAGCAACAUAAAAAUGAAAAUUUGAAAAAAUUAGAGUAUAUUGAGGAUAUUGAUACUCAUAAAAAGUCAAAAUUAAUGUUAGCAGCAAAGGCAAGGUUGUAUGACCAAUUAAAAAAAUCUAAAACUACUAAUGAAAAUUUUCUUGUUGAUUUCACAAAUAAAUCAGAUGAAUCUGAAGAUGAAUUAUUACAAAAAGAUGAAGAAAAUGAUGCAACAUUAGAAAAUGAAGAUGACUGGGUAGAAUACGAAGAUUGUUUUGGUCGCACAAGAAAAUGUUUACGUGAAGAUUUGUGUUUAAUGCAAGAAAAAGAUCAAUUAAUAAAACAACAAAUAAUAAAUAAAAAAGGAAUUGAUCCAAAAACAAAUAAUAUUAUCGAACAAAAUUAUGCUCAAGAAGAAAAAGAACCUGAAAUAGAAAUUAUGAGAAGAAAAUGGGAAGAACAAACAAAAAAACUAACUGAUAAAGUAAAUAUACAUUAUCAAGAUAUUUUAUUUGAUGAAGCUAGAACCCAUGGUGUUGGUUAUUAUGCAUUUUCACAAGAUGAAGAAGAGAGAAUCAAGCAACAGGAAAAUUUAUUCAAUUUAAGGAAGGAAACAGAAAGAAAACAGAAAGAAAUAAAAGAAUUAAAAGAAUUGAAAGAAAAAAUGGAAUAUAAUAGAUUAAAAGCAGCUAAAAUUAGACAGCGUAUUAGAGCAGGAUUACCAAUAGAUGUAGUAGAAGAAGAAUUCAGAAAAAAAAAUAAUGAAUCUAAUCAAAAUACAUCAGAUAAUAUAUAUGUUGCAGAAAAGAAUUUGAUUGAAGUCAAAGAAAAAGAAAGUAAUGAAAAUAAAAAUAUAGAAAUAAAUAAAGAAUUAGAAAAAGAAAAUAAAAUAAAAGUUUUAGGAGAAUUUCUAGGAAAAAGAAGUCAUUGGUAUGAAAUGUCUCAAGAAGAAUGGAUUCAUAAAUGUAGAAAAAUUAGAGUUAAUGAAUUUGGACCAGUAUAUGAAAAUUUCAAAAGUGCUGGUUAUUUAAACUCUGAAAAUAUUAAUGUAGCAUUAAGAAUUAAUAAUGAGGAAUUUCAAUCAUAUGAAAUGAAUAUUCAGAGUAAUAUAAAAACUAAUAAUAAAGUAAAUAUAGAUACAUAUAAUAUACCACUUCCUCCUAAUUUAAUUAUAAAUGAUCCUAAUAUUGAGAAUAAUAAAACAAUAAAUCAAAAUAGUUUUACCCAACAAGUUCAGCUUAGACAACAAGAAUCCAACAAUAUAUUACAGAAUCAGAUGAUACCAAAUAGAAAUAUAGACGAAGCAAGUAUAGCAGCUGGUCUUAAAUAUUUGAGAGAAAAAUUUGAAAAAAGUCAAAACACUUGAGAUAUUUAU